AAAAUCUUCUUCUCUCCCUCCCUCCAAUACCAACUGAUUUUUUGUAAAAAAAAAAGAUUACAAUUAUGCCGUAUCCCGUGAACCCCCCCUGGUCUGAAAUAAUGUCUUCACAUAGAUACACGAGUUCCUCAAAGCCCUUCGACGAGGACGACGUGGAUGACGAAACUUUCCUGAAAAACUCGCGACGAUCGUACAAUGGCAAUCAAUCGUUCGAUCAACAAGUACAAUCCUUCCAGGAACGUAGGAAGCAGAUUGAGGACAGGACGAUACAAAGCACGGAGCGCAGCAUAGGUAUCCUUAGAGACUCUGAGCAAAUUGGUAUUGCGACUGCUGAGGAGUUGUCCAGACAAAGGGAGCAAUUGGAGCGUACGGAUAAGAGAUUGGAUGAAAUCAACCAUACCCUGAGGUUCUCUCAGAAGCAUAUAAAUGGUAUUAAAUCUGUGUUCAGCAGCUUGAAGAAUUAUAUGUCAGGUAGAAGUGAUCCGCAAAGUCCUAGCUCAGUGACAUCUUCAAAGACGACUACAAAUGAGCAACCUAAGCAGAACAUGUCUGAUCAAUAUGAUAGAUAUGAAAAUCAUCCUGUUACAAGAUUGAGAGGAGUCGAGCAGCAGCAAGUUGCUCAAUCUGGCAGCAAAGAGAUAAGCGCUCGUUUGGAAGCUAAUUUAAUGGAGAUGAGUUCGUCCAUAUCGCGGUUGAAAGGACUGGCGACUGAUCUCAAUUUGGAAAUUGAUACACAAAACGAUUUACUCGAUAACAUCACAGAUAAAACGGAGAUGGCCGACGUUAACAUUAAGAAACAAAACAAAGACAUGCAAAGACUUCUGAAGAAAUGAUACAGUUCAAAUAUUAGUUUUAUGGUGUACAAAAUAAUAUAUUUAUAAUAUAUAUAUAGUGAAUGCAAUUAUAUUUGUUGUUGGUAGCAUUCGAAUAUUUCCAAUGCAAUUUAUGUUUUUAAAAAAAAAGAUUACAAAAG